AAUGCGUCCUGAUGGGGGCGCCAAAACGAACCCGCAGUUGCCCUUACAGCACGGCCAAAUCCGACUACAAAUGAGUGUCAUGUCCCGUUGUGCUUUCAACACAGAAAAUCUGCAGGCUUCUUUUAGGUUGCCAUUGCAGCGGUCACCAGCUCUGCUGCUUCUUCCUCCUCCUCCGUCAAGUAUGGAGCGUGCAUCGGCGGCAGGUGGCGCCAUGGUCUCCCUCGCGGCGAAGCUCAGCUCCGUCCUCGGGCCGAAGUACCAGCUGAUGGCCGGGGCGAGGAGCGACGUCCUCUUCCUCCGGGCCGAGCUCGGGAGCAUGCACGCCUUCCUCGAGAAGCUCUCCACGGCGCACGGCCCGGACGCGCAGGUCAGGUGCUGGAUGAAGGAGGUGAGGGAGCUGGCCUACGACAUCGAGGACAGCCUCGACGACUUCAUGCACCGCGUUGAAGCCUGUGGCGCCGCCGCCGCUUGUCACCAUGGCUCGAGCAGCCUCAGGGGGUUCACGGGCCGCGUCACGCGGUUUGUGAGCAGCGCCUGGACGCACCUCCGCCUUGCCAACGAGCUCAAGAGCCUAAAGGCCCGUGCCGUCGAGGUGAGCGAGCGGCGGUCGAGGUACAAGCUCGGCGAGGACAUAUGGGUGCCGGUGAGCCAUAUGGCUGCUGAUCCUCGGAUCAGCGUCCUCUACGCCGACGCGCCGGACCUCGUUGGCAUCGGCGGCCCGGCGAGCGACAUAGCAAACUGGUUGGUGGAUGAAACAAGCACUCUCAAGGUGCUCUCCAUCGUCGGGUUUGGGGGCCUGGGAAAGACAACUCUCGCCAUGGAGGUGUUCCGAAGAGUUGGACGGCAGUUCAACUGUCGAGCUUUCGCAGCCGUGUCGCAAAAGCUUGACAUGAAGAAGCUCCUGAAGGACUUGCUCUCGCAGGUCGCCCAAAAUGAGGUUCACCACAUGGAUACCUGGGAAGAGGGUCAACUCAUCCGCAAGCUAAGGGAGCACUUACUAAAUAGAAGGUACAUCAUUAUAAUUGACGAUGUUUGGAGCAAAUCAGCAUGGGAAAAAGUGAGAUGUGCUUUACCUCAUAAUAAUCACAACAGCAGGCUCCUGACAACUACACGAGUUGAGUCGGUAGCAAAGUCGUGUUGCUCUGACCACAACGAUCGUGUAUACAGAAUUGAACCACUUAAUGAAUCUGAUGCCAAGGUCUUAUUUUUCAAGAGAAUAUUUGGUGACGAGGAUGGUUGCCCUCACCAACUAAAGGAAGUUUCAGAUCAGAUCCUGAAAAAAUGUUGUGGUUCACCAUUAGCAAUAAUAAGCAUAGCUAGCCUGUUAGCUACCAAGCCUGUCAUGUUGAAGGAACAGUGGGAGAAAUUGCUUCUCUCUAUUGGUUCUGCAUUAGAAAAGAAUCCUGAUCUAGAAGGCAUGAAGCAAAUACUUUCCCUCAGCUACUAUGACCUUCCAUACCACCUGAAAACAUGUUUGCUGUACCUCAGUCUAUAUCCAGAGGACUUCAAGAUUGACAGGGAUAGUCUGAUUCAGCAAUGGAUCGCGGAAGGAUUUGUUGGCGUAGAAAGAGGUCUCAGUGUAGAGGAUGUCGCAGAGGGCUACUUCAAUGAGCUCAUCAAUAGAAGCAUGGUCCAACCAAUGGAUAUAAACUGUGAUGGUAGGGCUCAUGCUUGUCGAGUUCAUGAUGUGAUGCUUGAGCUUAUAUUAUCAAAGGCAAUCGAAGAGAAUUUUGUCACUUUGGUUGGUGGUCAUUCAGUUACAGCUGAACCGCAAGGCAAUGUUCGCCGACUAUCUAUUCAAUGUGAUGCAGAGAUUGUCAAAACGCAAGGAGGAAUGGACUUAAAUCAUGCUAGAUCACUAACCUCAUAUGUACAGGCUCACCUGAUACCUCCUUUAUCCGAGUUUAGAGUCUUGAGAGUGUUAAAUCUUGAGGGAUGCCAGGGCUUCUGUGAGAAUCAUCUGAAAGAGAUAGGUGUUUUGUUUCAUUUGAAGUAUUUGAGCCUCCGAAGAACAUGGAUUUCGAACCUCCCACCGCAAAUAGGAAACCUGAAAACUUUGGAAACAUUAGACAUAAGAGAUACAAAUAUAGAAGAGUUACCUGGAACCAUCACUGGGCUUGUCCAAUUGAAGUAUAUACUUAGUGGUGGAUAUACAUGGGGAAAACUAAAGCUACCUGAUGGUAUAGGGAGAAUGACAUCCCUAAAAGUCAUAUUAGGUUUCGACAUUUGUCAGAGUUCAACAAGUGCAGUGCAAGAACUUGGUAACCUGAAAAGUUUGAGGGAGCUCGGAAUUAACUGGACAGAUUUCACUUCUGGCAAUAUGAAGCAACAAGAGGCUAUGCUGAGAACUCUAGGCGAACUGGGCACAAGAAACCUCCAAUCCUUUGCAGUUUGCAGUCGCAACUUUGGUUCCCUUGAGUUCUUGGAUUCUUGGUCGCCACCACCUAAUCGCCUUCAGAAGUUCCGAUUAUCUGCGUAUUAUUUCCUCCCAAGAGUACCAAGGUGGAUGGCAUCACUCUGCAACCUCAUCGAUUUAAACAUUAACAUUGCAGACCUAACAGAUGAAGACAUACUGAUUCUCCGAGAGUUACCUUCCCUACUUCAUCUUGACUUAUGGUUGAAAUCACCUCAGGAGGACAGGAUUGUAAUUCAUGGAGUAGGAUUCCCAUAUUUGAAAGAGCUCUUCUUCAGUUGUGAAGGAACUUGCUUGAUAUUUGAACCAGCAGCUUUGCCGAAGAUCGAGAGGCUACAGACAACAGUCCAUGUAAUCAGAGCAAAACCAUAUAAUCACCAAUUCGGCAUCGAGCACCUUACAUCUCUCAAGCAAAUUGACAUCCAAGUUUUCUGUGAUGGCGCAAGUGCUUCUGAUAUCAAGGAUGUUGAGCAUGCAAUUACUACUACUGUGAAGUGCCAUCCUAAUCAUCCUAGGAUGAAUAUCCAAAAACACGGCAUGAAUUUGAACCUAAAUGAGAGAAACAAGAGAGAACAUUUCAAAGACAACAAUGUGGGAGAAGAACAUACAAGCAAAGAAGGUACCAAUCAUACAAACAAGAAGAGAAGGUUAACAGAGAUUGAAGGACAUUAUGUAUCAAAUGCACAAUGAUUUCUCUGUAACUGUACAUUCCAACUAAAGAAGAUACAAAUGAGUCAGGCUGGUGUAUUUACCCUAGAAAAUUGUUUUAUUAAAAGUAUGACGAA